ACGCGCUCUCUGAGUGAAAUACGAUUCGGGUUUAAAGUCUCCUCGGCAGCAGAAGCACAGCAGCAGCUCAACGGGCUCCUGUCGCUCCUCCUUGCCGCGCUCGGAUCCACAGCACCUUAUACGGCUCGGCGGGGCACCCGCCCCCCACCACAAUAAGGGGCUACCCUCACACACUUCCACUAUGCCCUGCUCCUGAGCAGCAGUUCAGUCCUACUUGACGAUGGGGAGUCCCGGCGACAACGACAGCGUCCUCCUCCUUAAUAGCUCGGACCCCUUUGCGCGCGACGAGGAGGUGGCCCAGAUGGAGAUCCUGGUGCUGAGCGUCACUUUCGUGGUGGCCGUGGUGGGCAACGUGAGCGUCCUGCUGGCCAUGCACAACACCAAGAGGAAAAUGUCACGAAUGCACCUUUUUAUACGGCACCUGAGCCUGGCCGACCUGGUGGUGGCCUUUUUCCAGGUUCUACCCCAGCUCUGUUGGGACAUCACGUACCGCUUCUACGGACCGGACAUCUUGUGCAGGAUCGUCAAGCAUCUUCAGGUGACCGGCAUGUUCGCGUCCACCUACAUGAUGGUGAUGAUGACCGUGGACCGCUACAUUGCGAUUUGCCACCCGCUGAAGACUCUGCAGCAACCCACCCGGCGCUCGUGCGUUAUGAUCGUGUCGACGUGGACGUGUAGUCUGGUCCUGAGCGUGCCGCAGAUGUUCAUCUUCUCCCUGAGCGAGAUCCAGAACGGCACCGGCGUCAUGGAUUGCUGGGCGCACUUCAUCGAGCCGUGGGGAGCGCGCGCAUACAUCACCUGGAUCACGCUGGGGAUCUUCUUGGUACCCGUGCUCAUCCUGGUGGUGUGCUACGGCUUUAUCUGCCACAGCAUAUGGAAGAACAUCAAAUACAAGAAAAGGAAGAGCGCGGGGAACAAGGACGGGCUGAUCGGCAAGAACUCGGUCAGCAGCAUCACCACCAUCUCCAGGGCCAAACUGAGGACCGUCAAGAUGACGUUCGUCAUUGUGCUUGCAUACAUCGUGUGCUGGGCGCCUUUCUUCACCGUGCAGAUGUGGUCCGUGUGGGAUGACAAGCUCCAGUUCACCGAUUCUGAGAACACAGCAGUAACGCUAACGGCGCUACUGGCUAGCCUGAAUAGCUGCUGCAACCCGUGGAUCUACAUGAUCUUCAGCGGCCACCUCCUGCAGGACUUCUUGCACUGCUUACCCUGCUGCCAGCGAAUGAAGGCCGACUUCCGCAAGGAGGACUCGGACAGCAGCCUGCGCCGGACCACGCUGCUCACCAAGGCCACCAAUCGGAGUCCCACGGGCAGCUCGGGCAACUGGAAGGAGCUGGACAAUUACCCCAAAACCGCACCGCAGGCCGAAUGAACGCGCAGCUUGGCAACUGUUUACUGGCCUGUGGAAUGGAAAAUGGAAGGUACACAGACAGUUCAAGCCCAGUGAGUGGAAAUAAGGACACUUGCAAAACGAUGUUCCAGUUGGAUUGUGUGUGCCUAUGUUUGGCUCAAGGGUUGAUAGGGAUUUCGGGCAGAAUACAAAUCUGCUAAUAACUCACUUGCCAUGGUGAUAUAUCUCCAUUGGGCUAUUGCUCUCUACGUUGUUCUGUCGAAUUUAGCCGUCUCACACGAAAGUUCAAGAGUGAACGUCAGAAACUGACUGCAUCCCUUUGACAUUGUGUGAACGCAUUCCAUAUAGUGCUAUUCUGCAUUGUAAACAAAAAUUACUUUUCAUGUUAUUGUGUGAAUGCCAUUGUAAAUGAACUGAUGCAAACCUCAAGUGGGUUGGGUUUGGAUGUGACAAUACGAAGGAAAUUCACCUCCAUACACUAUGAUUCCAGCACAAACACGAACGUGAACACACGUUGCACAAGCGAUUAGGGGUGUAAAACAACCAAUUUCAUGACGAUACGAUAACGAUUCUUUGGAUGAUACGAUAUCUAUCGAUAUUGCAAAGUCUGCCACGAUUCGAUUUAAUUCAAGGGUCUUUGAUUGAUUAAUGUGAUGCAUUUCAUCAAAAGACAUAAAAAUAUACAAAGCAUUUUUUCCCAAAAGUAAUUCAAACAUUUGAAACAAAUGCAUUCUUUUUUAUUCAUUACUUGCCAUUGACAGCGAUAUUGUGGUUAAUGGGGACCAGAAACCGCCGCGAUAAGUGAAAAACUGCGAAGAAGCGUAACCUAAUUUAAAAAAAAAAAAAAAUUUAUGUGUGUUCAGUGUAUUUAUUCAGAUUAAGCAUUGGAAAGAGAUACAUAUAAAAACAGGUUUUUUCACUUUUUUCCUCCAAAGUAUAAUAAAAAAAAUGUAUAUAUAUAUAUAUAUAUAUAUUUUUUUUUUUUUAAUGUUUUUUUUUUAGCACUUCAAAUGUAAUAAUGCUGAUAAGUUCUAAACAUGUUACUGUCCCACUGAAUUUCUUAAAACAAGUAUCAAGUAGAAGGAAAAUGCUUGGCUUUAUUAAAUGCUUCAUUGAGUGAGUCUACUCAAAUCCGCUCCAGCUGCUCACUUACACACAAUGAGUUGCCACAGCAACUGUUUAACAAGUUAAACGAUGAUUGACGCAUGCAGCACUUUGAAGUUUGUGACUCUGGCAAGAUCAAACACAUUCACCUGUCAAUCAUCAUUAACUUUAAUAAGCAACUGGGAGGGAGGGAGGGAGAGUGAGACUAUGCAAUUGGCUCGGGACAGCUCAUCAGUUUUUUUUGUUUUUUUUAAUUGAAAAAAAAUCAACGAUGGACUGAGGGCGCGAAGUUUGAAGCGCGAAGUAUAUGUAUGACCGCAUAUAUCGAUAUCGGAUUUUUGGAGUUGGACAAUAUCGGGAUAUCGGUUAUUGGUUAAAAAGUCAUUAUCGAACAACACUAGUGUUAAAACCAAUUUAUAAAAUCAAAAUCUAAAACCUUAGUAAUUUCUAUACCCUCGGUAGAUCAAUUUUAGACUGGACAUUUAAGGAAUAUUUUGACACAUACUAGACAUGGGAAGGUAUGACACGUGGUAGUAAAUAAGGUGGUAAAUUGUCCUUAGUUUGUCUCAUUUUUUUUGUGUUUGGACUCUCAAUGAUGUUGAUGUACAGUAUAAUCACUUUUGCAUUGAAGAAUUGUAUUCCCUAGUUGUUGUUAUUUAUCUCAACUUUUUCAUAGCAGUGAUAGUGAUCAAAGGAUUUAAAAAUGUGUUUUUGUUUAAAUUCAUCCGUCAUUUGUUCCUUUAAAAACUUUGAAGUGUAAUAGAACUAAUAAGUUAUUUGGGGACGGAUUACCUAAUAGUUUACAAGUUACAAAGAUCUUGGGGCAAGUCAUGUUCAAUUGGGGGAAAAAAGGAAAGAAACUGUGACUGAUUGAUUAAGACAGAAAACCCUAAAGCAGACAUGUCCAAAGUCCGGCCCGGGGGCCAAAUGCGGCCCGUGGUCAAAUUUCAUCCGGCCCCCAGCCUCUGUCAUAAUAAUCAUUAACAUCUGGCCCGCAUAGACUUAUUAUAUUGGUCAACAGUACUGCUACCAGCAUAUGAAGUAUCUUACACACUAAAUGCUGCUCCUCAUUUACCCACUAAAAGGAAGCAGCACUCUAAGCAACAUUACCCCGUGUGACCCUUUACUCCCAAUUUUAUAAAAUGGUGACAAUCAACAAAAACUGUUGACUGCGACGGCCGACGCUUCAUGGAUAGGUGGAAAUUGGACUAUUUCUUCACUAAAAUACGCAACAGCUGUGUCUGCCUCAUUUGCAAAGAGACAGUGCGCUGUUUUUAAAUAGUUCAAUGUUAGGCGAUAUUACCAAACAAGACACGCUGACAUGUACGAAAAGAUUACAGGGAAGAAGCGAGAAAUUGAAGCAACUUGAAGCUAGUUUAAUUUUACAGCAGCAUUAUUACAUCACAUAUAACAGCAGUAUUUUGCAAGAGCCCGAGAGUCGAAAGAGAACGCCACAAAGGCUAGUUGUGAGAUUGUUGAAAUUAUUGAUUUUAAAAAAUUAGGGCUGCAGCUAUUGAUUAUUUUAGUAGUCGAUUAAUCGAUGAACUAGUUAGUUCGAAUAUUCGAGUAAUCGGAUAAGGAACAUGAAAAAUACUUGAGCUGAGCCUCAAACGGUAUAAAAAAUAAAUAAGGAUUGACAAAAGAACAAUGGCUAACUUACAUAGCAAAUGUCUGCUAGCUUAAAUGCUAUAAAACACUAACGCUUUUUUUUUUUUUUUUAACAAUGCUCUUGCCAAAUCGUUCAGACACAUAUUCCCACCAAAAAAAAAAAACAAAAACUGCUAAAUAUACCAAUAAACUAAAUUACGAAUGCAUUAAAAAAAAAAAUUAGCUCAAACAAAAACUUGGCUUAUGUUGGUUUUAACAUGGAGCAGCUGGAUUCAGCCAUGUGAAAUGAGGCAGACUAGAGGGCAGUGUAUCACUUUAAUUAAACGAAUACUCGAAGCAGCAAAAUUUAAUUCGAAUCUUUUUUCUUUAAUCGAAUACUGGAGUUAAUCGAUUCAUCGUUUCAGAAAAAAAAAUAAAUAAAGCAAAUGUGACACACAGAAUGGCUUGCUAACAUUUCCUUAAAUAUAUUAUUCUACGUAAAGGACGUCAGCCAAGGUCGGCCCUCCACAUUUUUACCACACCAAAUCUGGACCCCUUUGCAAAAAGUUUGGACACCCCUGCCUUAAAGGAUUGGAUAUAAAUGAAUGAUUUUUCUCCUUCAAUUUUUUUUUGUUUGGUGAAAAAAAAAAAACAAUUACAAAUGUAGCCAAUAACUUCCAAUGUUUGCCUUUCAAAUGCCAACUGAAAAUGGAAAGAACACACAGAUCUGUUUGGAACGUGUGAGCUCUUACUUGGCUCUAACUUUCAGUUUACCCUGUUGCACAGUGAGCCACUUGCAUGAUUUCUUAGUAUCAUUUCUAAGGAAAAAAAAACAAAAAACGUGAAAUGUUCAAUCUAAUUUGACUGGGAGUGUGGCAGCGAUCGCUCGAACAUGUUUACUUAAUGCCAGUCAUCCCAGUUCAAAUGGAUUUGAUGCCUAUCACUGUGAGUGAAUGAGUUAAAAGGUGAGCUCAUGUACAGGAAGUGGCAAUGAAGUCAUGGCAUUGCCUUUAAGCAGACACAGAUUGCUUAAUUUGGCGAUUUAGCUCCGUGUUAGAAUUGCAUGUUCUCGUCGCUUAUAGGAAGCAGAAUUCCAAGGAUCACUUUCAGAGGUGAUUAUAUCUCAAAGCAGUGCAAGACAACCCAACCCUCUUUUUCCUGUCAAUGAUAAAACCUGUUGAAAAGAACAUUUGGACUAUACAGUGGAGCCACGUUAUUUCUCUUAAUGAUCAUCCGUCUUUUUUUUUUUUUUGACAGUUGAAAUGAAUCGUGAGAGAAUCCUUUGAUCAAUUUACACUACGGCCACAUUUUUUGAGUUCUCUAAAGGUCUCUUUUCAUGUCGAUUUGAGGAGGUUUUCAUUUACUGGGCUCCCGCAAUGACAGCUCACGUCUGACUUAAAGCGAUAGGGUGCCCUUUGAAAAUGGCCAACGUUUGUCAAGAUGACUUGAUGUGCAAAGACGGGCCGCAGUUCGGAGGAGCCGGCACACCUCCUGACCCCCGCGCAGCCCUCCCGUGGCCUCUUCAGUAGACGCUAACACAUUCCUCACGUACCACGUCAGCUUUAUUCUCUUCUGGCAUCCUGCGCUGAUGACUGGCUGAGUGGUGGGAAAGGGGGGCUUUGUUUAGGCUUCAGAUGUACACAAUUUCCUGCACGUUAAUGUUGCUGUUUACACUGUAAAUGAGCUUAGCGUUGAGAUGCUUUUUAACAUGUCUACAGUACUGUGCAAAAGUCUUAAGACCACUAUUAGAUUUGUUAUUUUCACAAUGAUAUAAUUGCCACAUUACACAGUGGAAUAUAGAGCUGCUUGAGGUACAAAUGUCAGCAAAUGGGUCAAAAAAAUGUGUGUGCAUGUGUUCGUUCCCUAUGGACUCCGAAACGGCUGGGCGGAUUUUGACGAAAUUUUACACAGUUUUACUUUAUGCGUCUGGGAGUGUUCUUAAAUUGGUUUGAUCUCUGUAGGCCUCCAUUUUGUGUGGAAAAUUAAUUAGAAACUCUAUAAAUUAGCAUAGAAAAUGCGACCUGAUUUUGGAUGUAACAGUGCCAUUUUUAGGCCAAAAGACACAUCUCUUGCGAAUGCAGUGGCGCAGUUGCUUUCAAACUUUUCGCUUUCGUGUACAAAUUUAAAUGUGCAGUGAUGGUAAAUUGUGGCUUUGUGUACUCCACAACAAGACGCUGGAUUUUAAAAGAAAAUUUACAAUUUUCCAGAAUAAUAACAAGGGAUUUAUUUCGGCUGCAUAUCGUAAUCUUUAUAAAGGCUACUUUGUCUGUGUGUUCGUAUUUGAUGGACGCCGAAACGGCUGGGCGGAUUUUGACGAAAUUUUACACUUUUGUACUUCAUGUGUCUGGGAGUGUUGUUCGAUGGAUUUGAUCUCUGUAGGUAUCCAUUGAGUACAAAAAAUUAAUUCGAAACUAAAUUAGCGUGGAAAAUGUUAAUUUUUCAGUUUUUCACCCUAGCAACGCUAGGCCAAACCACAGGCGGAGUUUGACUUUUGGGGCGGGUGGGGUGGGGUGGGGGGUCAUAACAUGUUGAUGACCCCAAAACACAGUGUCAGCAAUAAAAUUAACGUACAAGAAUAUUUAAAAUAAUAAGUUGACAAUGAGCGUUCAUCCAUUGAAUUUGGUAUGCCCGCCGGUGUCGUGCCAAUGUAGUUACCCCAGUCAAAAAUUGUAUCCCCUGGGCGAAGCCAUAUGGAGGUAGAUAUGUGUCUUUAUUAUUCAAUCAAAAAAGGUUGCUUCAAUCAAAAUAUAUAUAUUUUCAACCCAAAAAAAUUGAUUCAAUCAACAACAAAAAAAGUGUUUGAAUGCAAAAACUCAAAAAAAAAAAAAAAAUGCAUGUGAAAGCUAUUGCUCUUUGAUUAAUUUAUAUAUAUGUAUAUAUAUAUAUAUAUAUAUAUAUAUUAGGGCUGUCAAAAUUAUCGCGUUAACGCACGGUAAUUAAUUUUUUUAAUUAAUCACGUUAAAAUAUUUGACGCAAUUAACGCACAUGGCCCGUUCAGAUUAAAAUGACAGCAGUGUGAAAUGUGUACUUGGGUUUUUCGGAGUAUUGGCGCCCUCUGCUGGCGCUUGGGUGCGACUGAUUUUAUAGGCUUCAGUCUUUUAAGAACUACAUGUCUUUCUAUCCAUGGAUCGCUUUAACAGAAUGUUAAUAAUGGUAAUGCCAUCUUGUUGAUUUAUUGUAUUAAUAAAUAAUUUAUUAUAAAAAAAAUUAUUCAUAAAUAAAGUAUUUAAUAAAGAAAUACAGUACUUAUGUGCCGUAUGUUGAAUGGAUGUAUCCAUCUUGUGUCUUAUCUUUCCAUUCCAACAAUAAUUUACAGAAAAAUAUGGCAUAUUUUAUAGAAGGUCUGAAUUGCGAUUAAUUGCGAUUAAUUAAUUUUUAAGCCGUAAUUAACUCGAUUAAAAAUUUUAAUCGUUUGACACCCCUAAUAUAUAUAUAUAUAUAUAUAUAUAUAUAUUUGAUUGAAUCAACUUUUUGAUUGAAGUAAUGUUUAUUGGUGUUUGGCCACAUUUUGGCGAGGACAUUUUUCUCUUUAUUAUUCAAUCAAAAACUAAGUUGCUUAAAGAAAUAUAUAGAUUUUCAAAAAGAAAAAUCACUUCAAUCAAAAAAAGAUCAAUCUCAAGCAUAGAAAAACGUUUUUGAAUGCGAAAAAAUAUUUGAGAUUGAAAAAUUUGCAUUUGAACACUUAAUUUUUCAUUGAAGUUUUCUUUGAAGCAAUCCUUUUUGUGUUUCGGCCAUAAUAUGAUUAGGACAUUUGUGUCUAAAUCAUUCAUUCCCCCCAAAAGUUGCUUCAAUCAAAAAAAA